UAUAAUUAAAUAAUUAACAGAUAAUCUAUUAACAGUGAGGAAUAUUGUUUGUUAAUAUUUCUGUUAUCAAAUAAUUCACAUACAAAAUAUCACAAACGUACACAAAACAUUCUGUUUGUAAGCAAUUUAAUUGCUGCGCGCGCAACGGACUGUAUUUAUUUGCUAUGAUUCUAACCUGAUCCCGGCACAGGACGCGUAGGAUUGAAUUAACGCAGGAUAAUGUGACAGGAUUUCCAAAAUUUCUUUAGCUAAAAUGUCCAAACGAAACAGUGACUAUGUGGUCACGGAGCACCGCGAUUUACAGGCUAAUACUAUGGCUGUAGACGCGACUGGCAAUUAUGUUUUGCUAGCCGGACGCAGGUAUUUAGCAGUAAAACAUUUAGACGAGGAUGUUAAUACAGUGAAGAAAUUCCAGCGACAGAGCAAAUAUGAAGUUGGUUCUGCUGAAUGGAAUCCGUGCGAGUUCAACUGCCAUUUGUGUGCAAUUUCUAGCAAUACACGAAUUGAAAUAUUGAAUUUCAAUGGAGCAGGAGGAUAUGAAUUGCAAACUAGCCAGAGUCUGAAAGCUCACACACGAGUCGUUAGUGAUUUAAACUGGCAUCCCAAAGAAGCAGACAUCAUUGCUUCUUGCAGCAUCGAUACAUUUAUACAUAUCUGGGACAUACGAGAUCAAAGAAAACCAUGCUUGUCUCUUUCUGCAGUUGCGGGAUCAUCACAAGUACGUUGGAAUCCAUUAUCAUCAUAUACUUUGGCUACCGCGCAUGAUGGAGAUGUAAAGAUAUGGGAUCAGCGGAAAGCAACGAGUCCUGUGCAAUACAUAACAGCUCACUUAACAAAAAUACACGGUUUAGAUUGGUGUCCCUUUCAACAAAAUCAACUGGCAACGUCGAGUCAAGACUGCACCGUCAAGAUCUUCGACAUUGUCAAUCCACGCAGAGCCGAGAGUAUUUUGACAACAAAUUCUCCUGUGUGGAGAGCAAGAUAUACGCCUUUUGGCGAAGGUUUAGUAACAAUAGUAGUGCCGCAAUUACGACGUGGGGAAAAUAGUCUUUUGCUAUGGAACACAUCGAAUUUUAGUGCACCAAUAUAUACAUUUGUGGGUCAUACGGAUGUCGUUCUCGAAUUUCAAUGGCGACAUUUAAAAUUAGAAAAUAGCGAGUUUGAACUCGUUACAUGGUCUAAGGAUCAGUGUCUGAGAAUAUUUAAGAUUAGUCCUUUCAUAAAGAAAUUAUGCAGCAAUGGUAUGGAUGAUGGUCUGUCAGUCUACAGCCAGUAUUCCGAAGAAAGUAAUCUAAGAACUUUGCAGUCCGUUCAAGAAUUGCAGAUAAAUACUUCUCCGACUGAGCCUGAAAUAAAUUAUAUAACGACCAAAGUGGAUGAGCCUGUGACGCAGUCUGAAACAAUCAGUCUUCCAGAUAAUUCCAAAAAGGUUUCGUCUCCUACUCAACCAAAGAGUUUGCAGCAGGAGUUCUCUUUGAUAAAUAUGAAUAUACCAAAUAUAGAGGUAAACGCGAUGGACGUUGUGGAGAGAAGUUGUACGAUAACCGCAUGUACAAAAAAUUAUAAUGUGAUAUUAAAAGUAAAUUUCCCUGUGAAUUAUCCGUGCAGCGCUCAACCAACAUUUCAAUUUUGUCCUGGCACGUCGAUUGACAACGUAAUGAUGACCAAGUUGCUCAAGGUUCUCGUGCAGACCGCUCAGCAUCGCGUCAAGAAGAACAGAUCGUGCUUAGAACCGUGUCUCCGGCAAUUAAAUAUAACUCUGGAGCAAAUGUGUAAAAAAGACGAAGACGAAACCGAUCAUUUGGCAUAUCAUAUGCAGGAUAAUAAUACCUUCCUGAACUCUCCCAAUAUCUGUGCGAAUUAUCAAGAUUCUUACAUACCAUUUCCUAGAACAUCCGGCGCUAAAUUUUGUUGCGUAGGUAUUCUCGUUUGUUUUGGCCGUCCCUCCUAUGCAAGAAGGUCAUCGAUGAAACCGGGCGAUGCGACGCCCAGAGCAUUGUCCGCCUUGGACAAUAACAUUGGUAACGGCGAAUCUUUCAUGCAUAUGUAUCGAAGUUCCUACGUGCCAACCAAUGAUAAUAUGUCCAUCAGUUCAUACUAUUUUCAAGAUCGUCAGAAAGAUCUUCGACGCGGAUUGCAUGGCACGGGUAGAAUACAUGAUCGAUCAUAUUUCAAAAAUUGUCAUCCAAUGGUUAUGAUAUAUGAUAUUUCAUCAUUAUUCUUCGUCAAUAAGGAACUCGCUGAGAAAUAUACAAUCAACACCGCUGACAUUUCGGCCAUGUAUCAGUACAAUGCAAAUGUAGCUGCUACAUUGGAACGACCUGAUUUAAUUCAGACUUGGUGUUUAGCUGGUUUAAUAAUUUCGCAACCACCUUCCAAUACUGAGCAGAAUUCUUAUCAAUUGAGUCAUUCUCCUGAUAUCAGUGCUCCAUGGCCAUUACAUCCUUGGGGCCAAAAUUUAAUACAUUUCUUAAUACAACAUUACGCUAAACAGUCUGAUGUUCAGAUGGCUGGCAUGUUGAGCUGUGCACUUAGCUACCGAUCAGAGAACAUGGACUCUUCACAAACCAGGUUGACUAGCAAGUCAGUGAAUGUCAGUAGGCUUUCCACAGGAAAAUGGUGGUUAAAGCCUGGUGGCUCGCCUUACCAUACAAUACAUCUGGCAGAUACUACGUUUGAAGGAUGGAAUUUUCAGAAUCUGAAACAACAUCGAUCAAAUUCAUGGUCGGAAUCGCUGGAUGACUUGAAAGUCAUUCAAGAUUUCGGGGACUCGGCAAAAAACAUCAAGUUAUUCGAUGAAAAAUACACAGCAUUGUACGAUAGUUAUAAGAAGGCGUAUGCUGAAGCAUUACAUCGAUGGGAGUUGUUAGAUGCUCGGGCGCAAGUAUUGAAGCAUUUGAGCACGUCAUCAUUUGAUGUGCAGAAGGACGUCGAAUUGCAGAAUGAAUGCCGAAUCUGCGGCAAGAUCAGUACAGGGCCACAAUGUGCGAAUUGCAAGGGAUUAAGCUUCCAAUGUAUCAUAUGCCAUGUCACAGUCAGAGGUGCGAGUAACUCUUGCAUGUUUUGCGGCCACGGUGGACAUAUUGAGCACUUAGCAGCAUGGUUUGCUAAAGAGAUAGUAUGUCCUACGGGCUGCGGCUGUUAUUGUUUGCAGGAAAAUUCAGUACUCUUUAAAACAUAGAUAAUGUAGAUGAAAUGUAUACAAAUAAAUUGUAUAUAGUUGUGAUCUGUGAUAGCUAUGGUUAUGAGAAAAAUAAAUUUCUUUUUAUCUUA